CAUAAGGUUGUGUAGGAGACUAAGAGAUGGCAGCAGCAGCAGCAGUAAUGUGGUGAACACUGAUGGUGGUGACUCGUACCUGGCUGCAACACCAGGCAUCACUGAAUCAUCACUACAGUCAUUAUUAUACCUGGAAACAAGCGCCAAACCCGCGUGGAUUGCACUUCUCCCCCCCCCUCCCACUCCCACCCGAUUGCCAGGAGCUGUGACUCGACCCCCUGCAACCACAUAUAAGUUGAGCAGAGGUGUUUCAUGUCAGAGUGAACAUCUGAGGUGAUUCGUAAGGUCAUUGAAGUAGGUGAAGCAAGAGGAGAUUAUUAUUACACGUGUAUUUUAAUCAUAACUAAAAGCUAAACCCAACCAAGCAAGAGAAAUGUGUUAGUUAUCUCUGAACAUGGCUGGGUUCAGCGGAGUGCUGAAGCUGACGGAUCUUGACGACUUCAUCGCUCCCUCACAGGAAUGCAUCAAGCCUGUGAAGGUUGAACAAAAAUCUGGCAGAGGUGUGAUUCGCAUUGAUAAUGAUGGAACAGAUGCUCUUUCAACAGUGCCAAAAUAUGAGAAAGCCAAGAUUACACUGAAUGAUUGCUUGGCAUGCAGUGGAUGUAUUACAUCAGCUGAGGUGGUGUUGGUCAAUCAACAAAGUCACGAUGAAUUUUAUAGAGUUCUUGCAGAGAACAGUAAUCUUCAAGAGUGUGAGAGGAGGACUGUUGUAGUGUCAUUGUCACUCCAGGCAAUACUCUCUAUUUCUGCCAAGUUUUUCCUCAGGCCUCAUGAAUGUGCUCAAAAAUUAGCAGGUUAUUUCAAGAAGCUGGGUGUACAUUAUGUUUUUGAUAUAAACUUUGCUCGUAGCCUUAGUUUGCUGGAAGCACAGAAGGAGUUUCUCGCCCGAUACAGGAGAAAAGAUGUUGAUUCAAAAGCAUUGCCAAUGCUUGCAUCAGCAUGCCCAGGUUGGAUAUGUUAUGCAGAAAAAACCCAUGGGUCAUAUAUUUUGCCUUACAUUAGUAAUGGCAGGAGUCCCCAGCAGAUGAUGGGAGUGUUAGUAAAGGACUUGUGGUCUACACGAAAGGGUAUUACUCCAGAUAAGAUUUACCACGUAACAGUUAUGCCCUGUUUUGAUAAGAAGUUAGAAGCAGCCCGAGAUGACUUCUACAAUGAUUUGUACUCUACACGUGAGGUGGACUGUGUUAUAACCUCAGUGGAGGUGGAACAAAUGCUGCUUAGAGAUCAGGUGGAGUUGCCAUCUGUCGACCCAGUAGAAUUGGAUAGCGAUUUGAGCUCAGGACCAGUGUUGACUUCCCACCAUGGCUCCAGUUCUGGGGGCUAUGCUCACCAUGUAUUUAUCUCUGCUGCAAGAGAAUUAUUUGAUCUGGAUCAGGAUAAGUUACAAUGGAAAACAUUAAGGAAUGUAGAUUUCCGUGAAGUCACCUUGGAAGUGAAUGGAGAGACUGUGUUACGGUUUGCAUUGGCUUAUGGAUUCCGUAACAUUCAGAACCUUGUGCAGAAACUGAAAAGAGGGAAGAGCCAGUACCAUUACAUUGAAGUUAUGGCAUGCCCUUCAGGAUGUUUAAAUGGUGGAGCACAAAUUCGUCCAGAUGGCGGUACAUCGGCCAAAGAUUUGGUAUCAAAAUUAGAGGAAACCUACGAGUUACUUCCAGCUAUCAAGCCCAAUGAAGAUCCCAGGAUUCCAUUAUGUUACUCUGAAUGGCUUGGAGGAGCAGACUCGGCGAAGGCUCAGAAGCAGUUGCGCACUAAUUACAAAGCUGUGGAAAAGUCUACUAAUGUUUUAGGUAUUAAAUGGUAGUUAAAUAUUUAGGUACAUACAUACCAAUAAGGAGCAUCGAUGUAAAAAAAGAUAUAUGGUAGCUUUAUUAAAAAAACUUGUACUGUAUUGUAUAUAUUGUACUGUAAAUUCUUUUAUAUUAAACAUUUUUAGGUUAAUUGUUAGAGUCUACAUAUAUCGUUUAUAUAACGUCAAACUAAACUGGUAUUUUCAUUGUAACCCUCCUAUGCUAAAGUGAGUUCAGUGACACUCAGAAUUAAAACAUGGUACUAUAAUAUUAAAAAUAUGAAUAAGUAAGUAAGUACUGAAGCAGGAAUAGAACAUUCUCCCAGUAUUUUAGUGGGACAUGAGCAAUUUUUACAGAAAGUCUACAGAGUGAAGGCUAGGCACAAAUUUAUAAUUAUGAGUCAUAUAGAAUCAGAUUAAUUUAUCUUCUGUACAUUAUAAAUUACUUAAAAUUUUUGUAUUUUUUAUAUAGAAUAACAUGAUUUAGUUGAAAACUUACCAUGAAAACUUGUACUGAUAUUGUUACAAGCUUAACAAUAAAAGGAAUUUAAAAUUCAUCUCUAUUAACAGAGAGUAGUAUCGUAGUAUCGUGUGUGUGCUAGUCUAACCUAGCCUUUUAGCUAUACAGUGGACCCCCGCAUAACGAUCAGCUCCCAACUCGACCAAUUAUGCAAGUGUAUUUUUGUAAGUGCUUUUGUAGGUGUAUUUUUAGGGGUCUGAAACGGACUAAUCUAAUUCACAGUAUUUCUUAUGGGAACAAAUUCGGUCUAUAACGGCACCCAAACAGACUUCUGGAUUGAAAUAAUAUCGUUAUGCGGGGGUCCACUGUAU